AUUGCAGAAUUUCGUGCCGGUAGAAAGUCUUUCAAAUUUCCCCGUGAAAAAAAGCGAGAAAAUAUUUUCUCUUACAGAAAAAUUGCAGGAAUUCGAGAAAAAAAAUCAAUUCUGUGUGUGGAAAAAGUAUAUAAAUUCAAAGUCCCGCCUACAAGAAAAGAAUGAAGAUCCUGGUGCAAGUCGCCGCCCUCGAGUGGAUCCUAUUGGUGCCACUAAUGGUUGGGUGUGCGCAUGCAUCCGCCGUCGAGACGACAACAGACCUGGUGGACGCCGCCGUCACCAACGCGAGUGUAGUUAGCAGUUGGAAGGCAGCGUGUGAGCACUUGCAGCGGAUAAAUCUGUCGGGGACGGGAUGUCGUCCCUACUGGGACGUCGUGAGACCUCCGGCGGAUUUUUCACUUCCGAAGAAUCAAUUGGAAAUCGUGUGCCCCAAGCUGUGUAUCAAUAACUUAGGACUACCCAGUUGUGUAUGCAUAGCGCCCUAUGACCGGCUACGUGAGUACGAUCGGAAUGGCAUUUGCCAACUCUUCUGCACCAUCUCGAUGUCUUUGGACGGUUGUACGCCGUGCGUGGAAAUGGAGACGACUACGGAGGAGCCAUCAACCACAUUAGCUCCCACAACGGAGCCCACUACGACGACUACAACCGUCAAAACGACAACAACUCGGACAACGAGCACAACAAAGACUACCAAAACAACCACGAAAACAACAACGCCCGACUGGGACGCUUUGUGUAACACACUGUGCCAAACUGGCGAUGGCGGGGUUCUGUGCAAUUGUGACUUACCGCCGUUCUUCUGAUUUACCGACACAGCACAUCCUGUAUAGGGGAACUUUAGUAGAACUGCGGUGACUUGUAAAUAUUAUAAUACAAUUUUCCGUUGGACAACGACGCUAAGAAUGUGGAUUUUAUUCUGAGGGUUCCAUUGAUGACAGUUAUUUUUUUUUCAAUUCAGUUGAAAAUGUAAAGAGAGUAAAAGUUAAAUUGAAAAAAAAAAUUAGAAUAACGACAAAUGAAUAUCACAAAAGGGCUUCCAAAACCAUCAAUUCACUGUGAAGCAGAGAAUUUAAAAUAAAAAUAAUUUCUCUGACACUUUCACAUUAAAAUAAUGUUAGUUGAAGUAAAGAAGUAAAAAAAAUAGGUGUUAAGGCAAAAAAUAAUGAGAAAUUGAGGAGGAGAUGCAGAAUUUGGCAGAAAGGAGUUUCUUUCCAACCUGUAGUCACUUUAGAAUUUUCAUAUCACUGAAAAAAAAUGAUAGAAAAUUGCUGUGAAGACAAUAAAAAGUUGCAUUAAACAUACAAAAAAUCAUUAAAUAAAUGAAAUAUAAAAUAUAAAAAAUGUAAUGUCGUUGAAAAUGUAUACAGAAGUAACAAAAAAAAUCAUGCUCUAGUGAUAAAGAAGUUUAAAGAAAAUAUAAAUGGCAAUGUAGCUUGAAAAAAGUUUCGCUUAAUGUUGCCUAUAAUAUUGAUGUGUUUGCAUUAAAAAAUACCCCAAAAAAUCGCUGUUUGAUGUAAUUGAGAUAAAAAAAAAACAUAACACCAAAGACGAGUCCUCUGUCUCAAUGUGAAAAUUAAUUUGAUGAAAAUUCAUUAAAAGAAAUAAUAUAAUACAAAAACCAACUCCAAUGUAAUCCUAAUUAAUAAAAAAUCCAUGUAAUGCAAA